UAGAGGCACACGUUGUUACAGAGAAUGGAUUUCUCCUGCUGAAGGUGAUGCGAACCUCCACCUGACUGUUCUGUGCUUGUGGCUAACAAGUCAGCAAAGCGCAUCUGGAAGGAGAUGCUCUUAAUUCAUGCUGGGAAGCGAAGCCUGGACUUGUCCUUUGUGGGUGGAGGCUUCUGGGCCGACCGAACGCCGGUUCACGAAGCAGCCAGGCGGGGAGAGAUCCGGCAGCUGCAGCAGCUGAUAGAGGGCGGCGCCUGCGUCAACGCGGUCACCUACGACUCCAUCACCCCGCUGCACGAGGCGAGCCUGCGGGGGCAAACGCAGUGUGUCAAACUCCUGCUGGCCGCGGGAGCCCAGGUGGAUGCCAGGAAUAUCGAUGGCAGCACCCCGCUCUGCGACGCCUGUGCCUCGGGGAGCGUCGAGUGCGUCAAAGUGCUGCUGUCGCACGGUGCCAAGGUGAACCCUCCCCUCUACACGGCGUCCCCUCUCCACGAAGCCUGCAUGAACGGUAGCUCAGAGUGCGUGCAGCUCCUCAUAGACGUCGGUGCCAACUUGGAGGCCCACGACUGCCAUUUCGGGACGCCCCUACACGUGGCCUGCGCCAGGGAGCAUCUGGACUGCGUGAAGUUGCUGCUCAAGGCAGGGGCAAACGUGAAUGCUGCUAAACUCCACGAGACGGCCCUUCACCAUGCAGCGAAAGUGAAAAACGUGGAUCUGGUGGAAAUGCUGAUUGAAUUUGGAGGAAACAUCUACGCAAGGGACAACCGAGGGAAGAAGCCAUCGGAUUAUACCUGGAGCAGCAGUCCCACAGCAAAGUGCUUCGAGUACUACGAAAAAACGCCCCUGAGCUUGUCGCAGCUCUGCAGAGUUACGGUGAGGAAGGCCGCCGGGCAGCGGGCGCUGGAGAAGAUUGCCAAGCUAAACAUCCCUCAGCGGUUAAUCCAGUACCUGUCCUACAACUGACAGGGCUGAAGGUGACCGGGAAGGACAAUGGCUUUAGCUCGCACAGCAUGAAGUAUCCGUCUCUUUCUCUUCUACCUCCCCACAAGAAAUGAAUUUUAAUUUAAGCAAAAACCGAUGUAAAUAGUAUUGAUGAGGCAGCACUUCACGCCCCUCCCUCUUCUCUGUGAGCGGUUAUUCGGGCGGAGGCAGACUCGAGGCAAGGUGCAGCACCGACCUGCAGUCCCAGCCUCUCCCAGGGGGAUCCGUGAGACUGUCGCCGCGUUCCAGGCCGCAGCGCUCACUCUUGGCACGGGAUUAGCCUCGCCUAAUUUUAGCCGUCUCUAUCCUUAACGCAUCUCCGGGUGAUCUAGCCAGGCUCCCUUUGCAGCCAGCAGAGAGAAAUAGAUACUGGCCGAGCAUGAUUCAUGUGUCCUCUUUUAGAUGGCUGCGUUAGGACGCUACGCGGCGCCUUUGGAGCGCCUGUCUCCGCUGCCUGCAAAGGGAUUUAGAGGUGAUACCACUCGGACACGGAUGUCUGUGCUUCUGAAAGGGGAGCUCAGGGAGCCUCAGAGUUAAUAACUCAAGCGAGAACCACCUCCUGCCACGGGGCAGGGCUCGUGUGGGCUGUGUGCUGCAGCUGGAGGCGAAUUAAAUCCCCGGCUAAUCAAUCCGAAGGCGCUGCAAGCAGUAACCGACCUUCCCUGAACUUCAGCGGGCUUUGGCUCGGCACCGGCAGGAGGGCGAACUGAGGGCUGACUUCGCCCGUGCUUCUUCCUUGCUGAGGGCUGUGUUGCCUGAGCUGCAGCACCCCGUCUGUGUGGCGAGGGCACGUCCCUCGUGGAGUGGUGCAGCAGAGCCCCGUGGCGCCUACCCGCGUGUGAGAGGCAACGGCAGGGCUGGGUUCGGAGAUUUCUUUUCCCUGCUGAGUUUGUCUCUCGCUUCUGGCGCCUCUCCAGAGGCUGACAGCAGGAGCCAGCCCUGGGGCGGGUGCUGUGAGCUGUGCUCACGUCCUCUGGCUCCAGCAGAUGCCGGUGCAGCUCUGUGCUUGGGAGAUUUAAACCUCCAGGGUGACAAUUCCGUGGGCAAAGCCAGGAUUGUCCUCGGCCUUCCAGAUGAGACGUUGUGUCACCACAAGGCAGCAACCUCCGGGAGAUGUGGUAGGACAGGGAUGAAGCUCCCUGAUGCCCCCGUGGCAAGUCUUAGCACUGCGAUGACAGCAAAUUCCCCCCCCCCCCCCCGAAUGACAGCACGUGUUCAGAAAUCCUCUGGCUAAGGUGUCCAGCUAACUCAGGGCCCUCACCCUCCUUCACACUAAGAAGUAAUGCUUGUGGAUAAAAGGCAGCUUGCCUCCUGCCCGCUGCUUCUGAGCCCUCGUGCACCCUUGACAGGGCUCAGCCUCACAACGAAGGGGAAAAUAUUGUAAGCACAGGGUUAAAGAGCUGCCGUGGAGCCGAAUGCACUUUAAUGUUGACCACUAAAUUGCUUCGUUUUUUAAUUUUUGGUUAGGCUCAUUCCCCCCUCACCCCUUUGUUUUUUGUGUUUUGUUUUGUUUUUUUUUUUCAGUGUGACAUCGUGUAGAACUGGCACAGGAAAGCUUUUGAGGUUCUGCUUUUUAUAGGACUGUCUGUCUGUUGUUCUAUCUGGGUUUUUUUGCGUCUGAAAUACCAGAAAUGUGAAAUUGCCGAGAAGCUCAGGGAAGCUCUGGAGAUGUUUAUUGUGGGAUUCACCCCCGUGUUUGUUAGGAUAAAGGUUUUGUAUUGUAUCUUUCACCAAAAGCUUCCUCUGCCCAAAACCCUUGUCCGUACAGCUCAAUGAGUAUUAGGAGAGCACCCACCUUACAGUAAUCCGGGAUGAAAACCCGUCCCCUUGGUUCAAACUCAAAUCCCUUGUUAGGCUGCUUUUUCAACCUUGCCUAAGCUGUUGAAGUAGUGAAAUGGCCAAGUCCACGUUUCCAAUGUAAACCAAACCCAAAGGCUCUUCCAGCAACCGAGAAUAAAGCGACCAGUUCCGUUCUCUGUUAUCUUUCUUUCCUCCGAGUUGCCUCGCUGAUAGGUUCCUCAAGUUGUGUUGGUUUUGAUUCGUCUUUAACCCUAGGAGUAUAUUUCCCAGAGCUGCUCAGGCAGCUGCGAUGAAGCUUUUAACGUGCAGGCCCCCCCCCCCACACACACUUUGGCAGCAGCCUUGUGGCUUGGGAGGGGCAGUUGCAGCUGCCCCCAGGAGAUUCCUCCUGCGGUUAUUUUUGCGCUGCUUGGGUUUCGUUUCUCUUGCACGGGUAAGAAAGAAGGGCCCGGGGAGGGGAUUUAUCCGCUGCGAGUCCUGCUCAGCUUUCCUCCGCGAUUUAUCCUCUGGCCAGGGGGACUUGGCACGUCCAGCAAAACCUGAGAGCAGCGAACAAAGACCUCGGUGUCCUUCAGACGCGGCAGCCGGAGCCGAGCGAGGCAGGCGUUGCAGCACGUCGGGAGCAAGCGUGAGCACGAAGCGCCUCUCCCGCCGCCCUGUUUAAAACCAAACGAAGCGCUGGAGCUGUCGGGCGCGUACCUGAGCUUGCUCACACCCUGUUCAUUCAUCGCCUCCCUCCCUGCUGCAAGGGCACGAGGGAUCUUGCAGGCGCUUGCAAGGAGAUGGCGCCUGUCCCGUACGCCUGGACCCCGUCGGGUCUCUGCUGACUUGUGUUUGCCGGGCUCUGCCCCCAGCACUUUAAGCUAGCAGCGAGGCACCGAAGCAUAAAAGGAGAAAAAUCUGAGUUUUGGGGAUCUCCAGAAACCUAAACUACACCCGCGGGGCUUGCCUGGCCUGGAGUUAAGGGCAGGCUCUGCCCUCCAUGCUGCUGCAGCACCUCAGCCUGACUGCAGCGGGACAAGAUCCUCACAUCUCCUGCAAAUAAUAAUUAAAAAGGAAAUUUUUCACCCAAUAACACAGCCACAGCUUGUGCUUUGGUGAUCUGUGGUCCCGGGUGCCCUGCAAACGUGACACCCCGAUGCUGCUCUGCGUUUAGGGACUGAGACACACGGGCUUGGAAAGCUCUGACCUCAGUCCAGGAGGAGUCCAGCACGCCACGAAGAUGGGAUUUGUGUUUUUAUCAGAUUGCACUGGGAACCAUUAAAAAAUCAGACAACCAU